AGUUUGGGAACUCUUGCUGUACCUGAUGUGCUUAAUUCAGUAUGCCACUGUAUACAUGUUCUGAGACGAUCCAGACAUUGUCUCAAAGAUACUGAUGUAUGGUGCAUUUGGUUCUGGGGGAAGAGCGCCCCCGUGUCGCUAAAGCUAGAAUCGUUACGAUGCCUCAAAAACUACAACAACCGGCAAACAACUCACAUCCGGGCUCCAGUCAAUGACGUCGCCGUUGACUUUUACGUCUGUUGAUAAAAUAUCAAGACGUGCCAACAGGGACGUGAUGAGGCUUUACAAACAGUUGUAGCGGUGGUUCAGAAAGAAGACCAGGAAAGGUACAGGAAGUGACGGCCGUGGUUCAGAAAGAAGACCAGGAAAGGUACAGGAAGUGACGGUGCAUCCUUGUUGCCAUGGCGUCUGAGCUGCAGGAGGCGAUCUGCAUGGCCAAGCAGGAGCGUCACAAGAACCUGUUCCUCAACUACAGGAACCUGAACAACUUUCCGGUCGAGCUGCUGAAAGAUGAAGGACUACAGUUUCUACAGAGGCUUUAUAUGAAGAGGAACUCACUCACCACGCUGCCGGAUAAUCUAGCACAGAAGCUCCCCAAUUUAAUAGAGCUGUAUCUGCAUUCCAACAAUAUAACCUGUGUUCCUGAAGCUAUAGGUAACCUGUCCAGGCUGCAGUCUUUAGACCUGAGUGACAACGCUCUGCAAGUCAUCUGUCCGGAGAUCGGCAGGCUGAGGUCCUUACGACACCUGAGACUGGCCAACAACCAGCUGAAAUACCUGCCUCCAGAGAUUGGAGCCCUGUGUGACCUAGAGACCCUGGAUGUCAGUAGGAAUGUGUUGGUGUGUCUCCCAGAGCGGCUGCACCAGUGUCUGUCUCUCCAGUGUCUCACUGCUGACAGGAACAACCUGACCAGCUUCCCCAGACAGCUCUGCCAACUCCACAGCCUCAACGAGCUCAGUAUGGCUGCUAACCAACUCACCUCUCUACCCCUAGAUUUGGGUCGUUCCAGAGAGCUGCAGUUUGUGUUUGUUGACAACAACGUCCACCUCAAAGGCCUUCCUUCAUACCUGUACAACAAGGUGAUUGGCUGCAGCGGGUGUGGUCUGCCAGGGCAGGUGUCUGACCGGGUGCCCCAGCCUCUGUCUCUGUCUCUGGGAGAUGUGUCUCUCCCUUUGCCUGCUGAGGUGAAAGCUAUAGGCUCAGAGACGGAGCGAGUGGGCCCCCUGGAGGAGCUCGCCAUGAGGGCCCUGCACAGCAUGUACGGGCGACAGCCAAUCAGAGAGCGGAGUCUGCUGCCGCCCUUCCUGUUACCCAGAAGCCUUCUGGACCUGCUCCAAUGCCCCCUGGGACAUUGUCACCGCUGCAGUCAGCCCAUGUUUACCAUCAUCUACCCCAAACUGUUCCCUCUCAGAGAGACCGCUCUGGCUGGGGUACACCGCAGAACCACAGUGAGUUUCGUGGCCUACUGCUGUUCCAGUCAGUGUGUUCAGACAUUUGAUCUGCAGCAAUGACAUCAUGGUGCCUCCACCUCUUCCUCUCCCCUUCGGUCAUCAUCUCCUCCUCUGGUCUCCUGGAUGAAUGAAUGAAGGAUGGAUGAAGGACUGUGGGAGUCCUGAACGUCUCAGGAGGACAUGCAUAGCCUCUGGACUGGUGGACAUGAGGAACUGAAGAUCUCAGGAGGACAUGCAGAGCCUCUGGACUGGUGGACAUGAGGAACUGACCAUCUCAGGAGGACAUGCAGAGCCUCUGGACUGGUGGACAUGAGGAACUGAAGGUCUCAGGAGGACAUGCAUAGCCUCUGGACUGGUGGACAUGAGGAACUGAAGGUCUCAGGAGGACAUGCAGAGCCUCUGGACUGGUGGACAUGAGGAACUGACCAUCUCAGGAGGACAUGCAUAGCCUCUGGACUGGUGGACAUGAGGAACUGACCAUCUCAGGAGGACAUGCAGAGCCUCUGGACUGGUGGACAUGAGGAACUGAAGAUCUCAGGAGGACAUGCAGAGCCUCUGAACUGGUGGACAUGAGGAACUGACCAUCUCAGGAGGACAUGCAGAGCCUCUGGACUGGUGGACAUGAGGAACUGAAGGUCUCAGGAGGACAUGCAGAGCCUCUGGACUGGUGGACAUGAGGAACUGAAGGUCUCAGGAGGACAUGCAGAGCCUCUGGACUGGUGGACAUGAGGAACUGAAGAUCUCAGGAGGACAUGCAGAGCCUCUGGACUGGUGGACAUGAGGAACUGAAGAUCUCAGGAGGACAUGCAGAGCCUCUGGACUGGUGGACAUGAGGAACUGAAGGUCUCAGGAGGACAUGCAGAGCCUCUGGACUGGUGGACAUGAGGAACUGAAGAUCUCAGGAGGACAUGCAGAGCCUCUGGACUGGUGGACAUGAGGAACUGACCAUCUCAGGAGGACAUGCAGAGCCUCUGGGCUGGUGGACAUGAGGAACUGACCAUCUCAGGAGGACAUGCAGAGCCUCUGGACUGGUGGACAUGAGGAA